AGAAAGGGCCAAAGCAAAGGUCCCUCCGACCACCUUUGUCACAUUUUCCCACUGCCCCUGUCCCUUAGAACAUGGAGGAAAUUAUGGCAUUAUUACCCCUCUCUCUCUCUCUCUCUCUCUCAUCUUACACCAUAAUAAAAAGCCCCUCACUCAACAUAAGACACUCCCCUUAGUUCUUCAACCAACAAAGACAUCAAAAUCCUAAGUCAUGAGAAAACACAAUAUCAUAAAAGUGAACAAAUAAAACCACCUCAAUCAUUUGUUGUGGUAUCUAUUAUCCAUAUCCAACCAAAGCAAAAAUCAACCAUUUUUUUACUAUACUUUGCCUUUGAAAGUCAUAACUCAUAACCCCUUUUUGUGUUUUAAGGAGAAAGAUUCCCUUCCUUCUUAAAAAUCAUUCCUUUAACGUAAGAGAUAUAAAGAAACCAUGGAAAUUGAAUCAGCAAAGUGUGAAUGUUGUGGCUUGAAAGAAGAUUGCACUCAAGACUAUAUAACAGAUGUGAAAUCCAAAUUUGGUGGAAAAUGGUUAUGUGGGUUGUGUUCAGAAGCAGUGAGAGAUGAAGUAAUGAGUGGAGGAAAAAAAGCAUGGGACAUGGAUGAAGCUGUGAAAGCUCACAUGUCAUUUUGUAGAAAAUUCAAAUCUAACCCUGCUGUUAGAGUAGCAGAAGGUAUGAGACAGAUGCUAAGAAGAAGAUCAAUAUCAAUUGAAUCAUCACCAUCAUCAUCAUCAUCAUCAUCAACAUCAUCUUCACCUUCAUCAAAGAAGUAUUCAAGAUCAACAAGCACUUCUCAAGUUGGAGAUUCAUCUACUUUCUCUUUGUACUAAUGAUGAGAAACCAAGAAACAGAGGAUACUCUGUUUGAGGCAGAGGAUACUCUGUUUUUGGUUAGAAUAAAAGUUUAUUGUUUUUAGCCUCUUUUGGUCAAGCCUUUUUUCUUCUUGUUUCUUGUCAUGUACAUGGAUGUAAUUUCAGCCUCUUCAGCUUUUUCUUGUUUUUACUAACUGAUUCCUAGUUUGGUAUUCCUAA